AUGGUUGCCUUUGCUACCCAGACGAGGUCGGCCUCCCCUGAUGGCAUCAGGGGAUUCUACAUGCGGGUCCACAAGAUGAUGAGCCUGCCGAGGCGCAAGGAGGAGAAGCCCCGACUUGUCAUCUCGGCGCCCUUUAACUUUCAAAAGGUCAACAUGGACCUGGCUGGCGUGAGCGCCGACGAACUCUCCCUGAUGAAGGAGCAAGCGGUCGCGAGCCGCAUCGGCAUCUCAGACCCCGACGACGACGAGGUCGAAGAGCCAACGCGAAGCGGCAUCACGGCGAGCAAGUCUGCGCCGCUCAUGAGCGUCAGGUCGCGGGCCACACUAUAG